AUGAAGCUAGAAGGAGACCUUAAAAGAAGCCAGAGAGCCUGUCAACAAUUGGAUACCCAGAAGAAUAUUCAGGUUCCCAGAGAGGCAUGGUACUGGUUGAGGCCAGAAGAGGAGACUGAAGAGGAAGAGGAAGAAAAAGAACAGGAUGAAGAUGAAUAUGAGAGUGAAGAUUUAACUGUACUAGAAAAAUUACAAAUACUGACUCAUUAUUUAAGAGAAGAACAUCUGUAUUGCAUCUGGUGUGGAACAGCCUAUGAAGAUAAAGAAGACUCGUCUUCAAAUUGCCCAGGACCAACUUCUGCAGAUCAUGACUAA